UUAAACCAGGAGUCAGGUCCACCUGGAAGAACGCCAGCAUGAGAUCAAUGGGACAACCUUUCGACUUCCUGUUAACAGUUCAAAUCCGGGACCGAGCAAAAAUGGCCACUUCUGAGGAAGACAAACACAUCAAAAAUUUGAAGGACUUGUCGAAACAAGCAAUUGUUGAAUAUGAAGAACUGGUAAAAGAAAAUGAAAAAAUAAGAGAGGAGAAUGCAAGGUUGAUUGAAGAGAAAAAUAAUGUUAUUCAGCAAGUGAAGGAGUUUCAUCGAGUUUCACAAAUGAUGAUUGAGGAAGUCAGUACAAUGCAAGACCACCUUGAAAUUGAGAAAAGUUGCCGUGAAAGCGCAGAAGCAUUUGCUUCAAAGGUAUUUGUUCCCCCUUUAUCAGUUGUUAUAAAAUCCAAUUCGCGGACUUUGCAUCUAGCAACAAAGUCACCUUGGAAGCCCUUUGCCUGUUUUCAGGCCUCUUCUACAUUUCUAGGUAUCUGCUGCACCUGGUUUCAGACUUCUCCCACCUUCCUUUCUGCUCUGAACAAAGACAACAAGUCCCUUAAAAGAAUCAGCAUGUUGUAUAUGGCCAAACUGGGAACAGAGACCAUCCCUGUAGAGCUGCCUUUAGAGGAAGAUUCAGCAAUCAAUGUGACAAAUGCAACAUUAGACAAAGAUGCCAGAUGUUCCUCAGUUGAAUGCCAACAGCAAAUCCAAGAACUUCGAGACAAUUUGACAACAACAUCGGAGGAGAAGAAGCAACUAUCUUUUCAUUUGGAAAACCUGAGAGAUCAAUGGAAAGACUUAACUGAUAAACUACAGAAGGAAGAACAGAGAAAUAUUGAUCUGGCUGCUGAGGUUGAUAAGCAAAGUCAAAUUCUUGCCAAAUACAAUAAAGUUUCCGUUAUGGCCCUGGAGGAAUAUGAGGACCUGGAAAAAAGUCUGGACCUGGAGAAGGACCUUCGAAAGGAGGCAGAGUCCUUUGCCCAUGAGAUGCUUGUGGAACAAAAGAAACUUAAAAGGCAAAGUCAGAUUCUCAUUCAGAAGAUGGUGCCUAAUGAACAGCUCAUGAAAGCACUUGAUGAACUGGCUAUUGUGACAGAGACUAUAGAAGAAGAGAGAAUUCUGCAUGAGAGAAAGCUAAAGGAGAUGGAGGAACAAUUAGAAGAUUCUACCCUCAAGAAGGAAAUAAACUCAUUGAUGAAGCAGCUUGAGUUUCUCAAAGAAGACAAAGAAGAACUCGAACUCAAAUGCCAAAAUUAUUACCAGCAAGUGAAGGAUCUGAAACACACCAUUGAUAAACUGCAGAAGCAGAUCCAACAAGCAGAAAACUCAAUACCGUUGCCACCUCCUCCACCUCCUCUUCCAGUGCCAUCACCCUCUUCAAGUCCUCUCAAAAAUCUUAUGAUGAUCAUCUGUAAAAGACAGAAAGCAUCCAAUUUAUCUGGGUUUGAAAAAGCCCACUCUAAGGAAUCAGGACAGCCUUUAGAAGACCUGAAGAAACAAGCGGUUGAUGAAAUGAUGGAUAGAAUUAAGAAGGGUGUUCGCCUUAGGAAAAUUGAUCAUACUGACAGGACUCUGCUGAUUAGGAGUAAACCUCCAGAAGAAAAUGCGUUACAGGAGCUCCGAGGGAUGUUGAAGUCUAGCAAAGUUGGAACACUGACAACAAUUACUCAGGUUACUGAAGAAAAUGAGCUGGAAAGAGUCCUACGACACAGAAAAACAGCAGCAGAAACUAAUGCUAGUGGCAAGUUCUCAGUAAUCUCUGCUUGUGAUCCAUAGCUAUUGAUCCUUCAAUAUGUCCCUAAUCACUUGGUUAGCUGGUUAUUGUUAUCCAAUUUAACCAUUUUAUUCCACUUAUGACAUUGUUAAUAAAAAAAACUUUCAUCACUAA